AACCUUGGUGGCGCUCUCGACAACAGCCGCUCCUCAGCAGGUGAACUUAGUUUUCCUAGUAUCCUCGUGAAAGACGGUCUUGCUCAACCCCUCUCUUGCUGUCUCUAAAGGCGAAAUGGGCUGGCUGGCUGUGACUGCCUUUGCGGUGGUGCUUCUGUCGUCCGCCGCGUCAUCACAGAGCAGCGGCACAGGCUGCACAACCCCCGAAGGACAGUCCGGUGUCUGCGUUCCGAUCAAGCAUUGCCCGAACGCUAAACGCCUUCUACAGGGCAUCAAGAAAGGCAGUGCUACGAAUGGCUCUCUCAGUGACCUUCAUGUCCUCCCAUGCGCCAGGAAUGCUGCGCUCGUCUGCUGCCCCGUCAGGAGGAGGAGAGCCCGAACGCCUGUGGCUUCCAACGUGAAGUGCGGCGUCCGUGGCCUCGACGACAAAAUCGUUGGCGGCGAAGACGCUCCUCUCGGCGCCUGGCCCUGGAUGGUGAUUCUGCGCGGCCGAGUGAACGGACGUCGCUCGUGGUUCUGCGGCGGAGCGCUCGUGUCCGACCGCUACGUCCUCACCGCCGCUCACUGCUUCAAGGAGUCAUUAGGCGUUGUGGUGGAAAAAGCUAGGAUCGGCGAGCACACACUCUCCUUCGACCCAGACUGCUCCAAAGGGCGCUGCGCUCCUUCGCCGCAGGAUAUCCCAGUGGAGAGGAUCAUCCGGCACCCGCAGUACGGCUCCCCGUGCACGGAAUGCAACGACAUCGCCCUCCUGCGGUUGAGUCGCCCGGCCGUCUUGCAUUCAGGCUUCGUGACGCCCGUGUGUCUCCCGAUCAACCCUGACCAGGACAUGGGCUUCUCCGAGCACGAUUUCCAGGGCAAAGCCGCCUGGGCCGCCGGCUGGGGAUCCACGGCGAGGGGUCCCUUCGAGUUUCGGCGCCCUGACGUCCUCCAGCAGGUGCAGCUUCCCAUUCAGGAGCUGAACUACUGCGACAGACUCCGCAUUGCCUACCCUGACCCCCGCAUGGCCCUCUGCGCCGGGGGGGAAGGGAGGGACACGUGCCGAGGAGACUCUGGCGGCCCCCUGACCCUCGACAGCAGUGACGGCAAAAGGAGCUUCGUCGUAGGAAUUACCAGCUUAGGACCGAAAGUAUGCGGGUCCGCCGACACUCAGGGAAUCUACACUAACGUCGUCUUCUAUACCCCGUGGAUUCUCGAGACUAUUGAGGAAUAGGCUGAAAAGAAUAGAUGGAAUCAGUGAGGAGGGGAGUGGCGAGGGACGGAGGGGGGUGGGAGAAGGGUGAGGGAGGGAUGGGCGAAGGUGGGUGAAUUUUUUUUUUUUUUUUUUUUUUUUUACUAGUCGCAGUUGGAUGAAUUGGAUGUUAGGGAGGAUUUAGUUGACACGGCCUCCAAAGCCUCUGUCAGUUCAAUUCAGUGUAAUUCCGUUUUAUCUUGACCUUCUGAAGUUUUCAACAUCCUCCCCUACCACAGACCAUAACCAUCACGCCCCCCCCCCACCCUUCCUUUCCCCGAUCGUUCUAUCCCUCUCGUACCUUUCAUUCGCCCUCUCGUCUAAUUCUUUCGUCUUUUGACUCCCCUCUACUUCUCCUUUGUCAUCAGCUUUUUUUCAUGUAAUUUGACCAUAUUCCACUUGUUAGAAUGGUUAUUUUUUGGUGCGAUAUGCUGUCCGCUUCAUCUUGCUUCUAAAUUGCCACGUGCGCAAGGAAUGGCCGGGGUUACCAUCCACAAGCAGCUGCGAAUUGAACGCGGGUCAGCAGGAGUGCUAGACGAGAUCGCUACCGUUAGGUAUUGUGUGGUACCCAAGUGCAUACAGCUUUGUUAGGCUAUGGGGCCUACUGUUUCAUCAUUGGGGUAUAUGAUGUCAUUCAGCUUGUAAAGAUUUCCUCCACCUUAGCCUUCAGUCGAGGCAGGUGUUGACUUCUGUUAAAUCCAUGAUCGUCAACUUAAUUACAACUUGUAUCCACGGCAGAGUGUGGCAUCCCACGCUCUGGAUUAGCAAGAGCGACCUGGCGAGAUUCUGUAUAGCAACGUGAUAUUCAAAGGUUCAGUUCAGUAUCAUAAUGUAUAAUCAUUUUUCGGGGAAAAAAAUACUCUGAUCUGAUCUAUCUGUUCUUGAUGAUGAUUCAGUCUUAAACAAACACACACACACACACACACGUGUGUGUGUGUGUGUGUGUGUGUGUGUGUGUGUGUGUGUGUGUGUGUGUGUGUGUGUGUGUGUGUGUGUAAAUGUGUGUGUGUGUGUGUGUGUUUGUGUGUGUGUGUGUGUGUGUGUGUCUGUAAAGUGUUAUACAGUAAAGAUGAAAUUAACAAAAUAUCUAAAUUUCAUGUUGUGUUUCAUUUGUUUUGCUUUGUUUUGCACAUAAUAAAUUGAAUGGUAGCCUCCUGCAUUGUCAUCCUACAAACCAAACGGUGCAGUGUCCAUUUUUCAAAAACGAAAUUAUGAUUUUAUAAAAGAAAAUGUGUUAUCAUCAACAAAUAAAGAAAACUGUAAUCAAAGGUAUACUAAAAUAAUUUUAGAAAUC